GAUGAUUCAUCCGUACUUGAACCAUACCGUAAAGAAAUAUUCCGAAUACGUGAUGCUCUUGUCAACGCACCAAAUUGUUGUACGGUAAAGAGAAUAUAUGUGACCCCUAAAUGUGCCGUCUUGAUCAGGCCAUUCCAAAAACAAACUCUUUGUGAUAGGCUCAGCACUCGUCCUUUCAUCUGUCAGCAAGAAAAAAUUUGUUUCCCAUUAUUCAAGUACAUAUAUCAGCUUUUCAAAGCUGUCGCGCAAUGCCAAAAAGUUAAUGUCUGCCAUGGAGAUCUAAAAUCACAAAAUAUUCUUUUAUCUUCUUCGAACUGGCUCCAGAUAACCGACUUUGCUCCUUUCAAGCCUACUUAUCUGCCACAUGUAAGCGCAUCAUCACUUUAUGUAUGCCUCCUGCGUAUUCAUGAAAAACUCAAUCUUUCUAGGAUAACCCUUCUUCCUUCACCUUCUUCUUCGACACGAGUCGACAUCAGCAUUGCUAUCUUGCCCCAGAACGCUUUCUCUCAUCCAUCGACUAUGAAAUUUUGCACAAGGAAAAGGGAGAUAAAUGGCUCUUUGGUAAAAUAUCUUUUCACAAAGAUGAGCAUCUUCAUGGCAGCCCUUUCAGGCUCUCUCGAGCCUUCCAUGGACCUUUUUGCUGCUGGAUGCGUAGUUUAUGAACUUUUGCACGAAUCUGGCAAACCACCCUUUUCUUAUGGUGAACUCUGCCAUUACAGGCGAAUGUCUGCUAGUGAGGCUGCAACUUUCCUUGAAAGACUGCUGCAUAAUGUCUCCGCCGAAUUUCGUCCUUUGUUGAAACUCUUGCUCAACCGUGAACCAUCCAUGCGCGUCACUGCUCAUCAAGUGCUGGACGGAUCGGUUUUUCACUUUCCCAAAGUGCUUGACUCCUUCUUUAGCUACUUGAAUGCUUUCCGACCAAAGGACCUUACUACUUCGCAGUCACUGGAAGGGUUUGAACAGUCGCAUCUGACUUUCCAACUUGAACCGGACGACGUCAUUGCAAAGUGGGUAUAUCAGUUUUAUGAGUGGUGUUGUAGACUCAAACGCGACGAGAAGUCUUUCUGGGAUCGUUUGACCGAAUCGGAUGAGAAUCGUCCGUAUGCCAUCCUUUUCAUUUCGCUUAUCACGGCCAACAUUCGUGUACUUCGGAGCGUGCCUGCAAAAAUAGUUAGUCCGUACUUUCAUCUUCUUGACUCAACUUGCCAUUUACAGGAUGCUAUGAAUUUGUUGAUAAAGCUGGCGUCACUGUGUAGUCCAGCGGUAGCAACCGAACGUGUGUUGCCAUAUCUGGUGUCAUGUUUGUCCGAAUUCGAUGCAAGAGUGCGUGCUGCUGCAGUACAUUCGAUCACCGAACUUGUCCGUCCCAUCGAACCUACCACGUUUGAAGAUUCUCUUGUAUUCAUAGACUACUUGCUUCCUGAACUGGCCUCAAUGCUGUCUGAUAAGCGACAUCCAUGCCCUACGCAUGUGCUUCUAGCUGUUGCAACUAAUCUUGGUGAUCUUGCUGAAACGGCUUAUAGAUUUCACGUUGUCGGCCGAAACCUGCGAAACGGCGUAGCAGAUGACGAGAUUUCCGGUGCCGAAAACAUCUCAGAAGCUCAACAAGCAGCUGAUGAGAAGUCAGCACUGCAAAAAGCUCUUAGCGAACUCUUCGAAAUGCUAUGCAGCAGUCAGGACAACAGUUGUAUGGAAGUGAUUAGGAUUUACAUCAUUGUUGCCGUAAAAUCACAUGAGAAUCUUGUAAAAUCUAGCUAUCUUUGGCGUGCCGACCUUGUAGUUCAAAAUUGGAUGCUUCAACUGUUUCUUAUUCUUUUGCAAUCAUGCAUCUCUGCUAUUGCAGGUGGUGAGAUUUUACUCCGCCAUAUGAUCACCUUUCUGAAUGUGAAAAGUGACUGGAGACUUCGAGCUGCAUUUUUUGAAUCACUCCCUAUCUGCGUGCAGAAGAAUCGCCGUGACUUUGACGUCAAACCAUUGCUUCAACAGGGUUUGCAUGAUUUUGAAGAAAUAGUUGUCAUACAUGCUGUGCAUUGUACAACGAUCCUUGUUGGCACUGGAGUUUUGGAGCGGAAUGAAAUACUGGAACUUUUGGAAGACAUAUUACCAUUUUUAUCACAUCCGAACGAAUGGAUUCGUCUGACGGUUAUCGAACUUCUCAUUCUCCUUGACUCUCGUUGGGCUCUUGCGGAUAUACAAUGUCGUUUGUUGCCAAUGGUUCGGCCAUAUCUAAAUGAAUCUCUCCUCCGUCUGAAUAACAAACUAGUCGUGGCGACCUGUCUCAAGCAGCCCAUACCUCGUGAUACCUGGAAAAAGGUCACGGAAUUGAGUACUGAACAGACGGAAGCGUUACAGUUCAUACUCGAACGUGGAAUAAGAGGUGGAGCCAUAACCUGUAAUGACUCUUGGUUCACAAAGAUUUUUGGACGUGAUACUGCAGAUCCUGAACUAUUUGAGAAAUUAUCUCGUUUUCAUAGAUUACUGCAGAAGAUGGCAGAAUUUCGAAGAACGGCUGGGAUGGAGUCUGAGUUGACUCAACAUAAAGGGAUUAUUGACCUGUCAUCUAAAUUGCAUGCGAACGUGCGACGGAAUGCUUACCAGUAUCUUACUAACAGCACUUCCCAAAACAAGGUAGGCAAGAUCCUUCAAUCUUUCCCAGCUCCAAAAGUCGUUGUUCCGGCGGAUAUGAAUAACGAGUGGAACGAGAUGUUUGGAGAUGACAAGCUCAGCGAUGAUCGGUCGACUGAAGAACGCAAUACGACCAAUUUGCAGAUGCAAGCAAGAUCAAUGAGGACAUCCGUCUGUGGAGCUCAGCUAGCUGAAUUGUUACAACACAAAAGCGAGUUGUUUUAUAGAAAAUUUGGAGGCGGAGGAGGACUGCGAAUAGGUAGCAGACCAUCUUCAUCUGCGGCGAAGAUUUCUGGAACCUUAAUAACGCAUCUACAUGAGCAUUCCGACAAAGUCACACAGCUAGCUGCGCAGCCGGACCGUACUCGCUUUGCUUCCUCAUCUUCAGACGGGUCGGUUCUAUUCUGGAACGUACAAAAUGCUGUUGGAGAAGGCUCUGGAGCAAUCCGAUCCGACGCAUCUUUCACGUUCGAUAAAAAUUAUCCCGUCUCAUCAAUCGGGUGGGCCAGUAACGAGAUUUUGGCUAUGGCAAUCGGGGACGGUCAUGUUCUCUGGACAGAUAAUGGAGGAGGGGACACCCGGGUGCUAACAAAGGUGCAACUACCCAGCUUUGAAGGUCCGCCCGAGCAGAUUCAUGUGUCAAAUAAUAUUACGUAUCUGCGAAGUCACCACGGCGUGAUAUACUGUCUAGAUCUCAGGGUCGGACGAACAAACGGGUCCUUGGGUUUCCAUGAAGUUUGGCGACGUGAAGUGAUAAAAUAUCAUGGCUUGGUGACGUCAUUUUGCGUCGAUCCUUUCAUGGAAAAUUGGCUGGUAAUGUGUAGCACGAACAAGGAGCUAAUGUUAUGGGAUCUGAGAUUUCAAGUGGAAGUGCUCGCAUGGAAAACUCCCAAUGGUUUGCUACCAUUGAAGUUGUGGUCGAACUCGCUAUCUCCAUCCAUAGGACAAACACCACCAGAGAUCUUUGCUGCGUACGGAUCAAGGGGAGAAGUGGAUUUGUUCGAAUUAGGAACUAUAGGACCAGUGCGGUAAGC